GGUAUGGGUGUGUCAGUCUCAGGUGCUGAGGAAGUGUAUGAAAGUCUGAAAUGUUGUAAGACGGUUUCAUUCUAAGUGACGAUGAUGUUGACGCUGAGUUUGGCGCUCGUAAUCGGCUUCCUAGCCAAAGGGUGCCACUCGCAGUUGAGUGUGUGUGGUGUGGCUCCUCUGAACACCAAGAUAGUGGGAGGACAGGAUGCUUCUCCAGGUUCUUGGCCUUGGCAAGUCAGCUUGCAGGUUUCUGGCAGCCAUUUCUGCGGUGGAUCCCUCAUCAACUCUAACUGGGUUCUAACAGCGGCCCACUGCUUUGCAAGCAUUACUGCUUCACAAGUGACCGUGUAUCUGGGUGAUCAGUCACUGAGCACUCAGGGAAGUAACACAAAUGUAGUGGCCAGAUCUGUUUUGCAAGCCAUCAAACAUCCCAGCUACAGUUCAACCACGAAUGACAACGACCUCGCCCUGCUGCAGCUGAGCUCUAGUGUGACCUUCACUAAUUAUAUUAAGCCUGUCUGCCUGGCUGCAGCCGGAAGCACAUUCUUCAAUGGCACUCUGACCUGGGUCACUGGCUGGGGAAACACCGCCAGUGGAGUAAGUCUCCCUUCUCCCAAGACCCUGCAGGAAGUACAAAUUCCAGUUGUUGGAAACAGGAAAUGUAACUGCUUAUAUGGAGUUGGACAGAUCACAGACAACAUGAUGUGUGCUGGAUUGUUGGCAGGGGGCAAAGACUCCUGUCAGGGAGACUCUGGAGGUCCACUGGUCAGCAAACAAGGCGGUGUUUGGGUCCAGGCAGGCAUUGUGAGCUUUGGUUACAGCUGUGCUCAGCCAAAUUAUCCUGGAGUGUAUACUAGAGUGUCUCAGUACCAAAACUGGAUCAACCAGCAGAUCACCAGCAACCAGCCAGGCUUUGUCACGUACACUUCUACAGGCACUGAUGGAGACCUGAGUGUGUCCUGUGCUGGACUGCCUACUGUUGCUACAACCACAACAACCACCACUGUCCCCACAACUACUGCAUCACCUGUGGUGUGUGGCAGUGCCAAGCUGAAUACUGUUACAGGAGGCGGCAACUCCUUGGCAUCUGCAGGUGUGUGGCCAUGGAUGGCCAGCCUGCAACGUAAUGGUACUCAUGUCUGUGGAGGAACACUGGUAGCUGAGCAGUUUGUCCUGAGCUCCGCUGAUUGCUUCUCUAGCUCCACCAAUGCUUCCGACUGGAUUGUAAUUCUGGGCCGCCUCAAACAGAACGGCGUCAACGCCAACGAGGUUUCUGUCAAUGUGACUAAAAUCUCAUUGAGCACUGGUACAGCGAACAACAUAGCAGUACUGCAACUGUCUCGCAAGCCAACACUUACAGACUAUAUUCAGCCCAUAUGUGUGGACCAGGGGGACAACAGCUUCCCUGUCAACACUCAAUGCUGGGCAGCUGGUUGGGGUUCAGGAGGAGGAGUGGAGCAGACUCUUCAGCAGUUUAACACUACUAUACUGGAUUGUGGCAACGCAUCCUCAUCUAACAGCAGCAUCUGCACAGGAGUCAUGCCCUUAGAACAGACUAAUAAAGGAGGUCCUCUGUUGUGUAAGAUUGGGCAAUCAUGGGUCCAGGCUGCAGUUUUGACCCUCGCCAGUAACAGUAACAGUAGCACAAACACUAGCUCCAGUAACAGCACCAGGGCAGCUAGUGUAUCUGAUGUCCAGGUCUUCACUAAAACCUCAAGCUUCUCAAGCUUCCUGAAUACUACAGUGGGCACACUCCCUCCCAAAGCCACCAACACAUCAUCUUCUGCCACCGCUGCUGGCUCCACUGCAUCUUCAUUGCUCUCCGUCACAUCUCUCCUCCUGCUUUCGCUUCCUGUUCUCGUUCAAAUGAUCAGUUAAGAAUAAGCAUGUAAGUUAAAAGAAGUACUCAGGAAAAUGUAUUAUCGGCUCAAAAAAGCCUAAAUGUAAUAUGCCUAUUAAUAUAUCUCUGAAAUUCAAGGAGGAAGUGCUACAGGCAAGGAAUGACAAUCAGUGCUAUCUGGGUUGAGGGACUUUAAAGCUAAAAUACCACUGUUUUGUAUAAAAACUUUGUAGCAAAACAUUUUGUAUUUUGUAUUGCUAUCACUGUCACUGCACUAGUCUGAUGCACUAGCCAACACUAAUCUAGUCUAAAUGUCUACAUGUGACCUAAAUGGUUUAAGCAACAUACCUGUUAUGUGCAGCAGCCAUUAGUUUGAAACGGACAUAGAAUAGCCAGCUUUAUUAGUGAUUUUUGAAGUUCAAGAAAGCCAAAGUCUGUCUUUACCACCUUCCUCAGUUAAGGCUCUUAAGCUGAGGCCUAUGUAUUGUACUCUUUAAGUUCAUUCUUAAUGCAUAUCAGUAUAUGUUAUUUCUGUUCAUUUACUUUGACUUUGUGCUAUUUUCUAUGCUUCAUUUAGCAAAACCUAAUGAAGUGCACUAAAAGUUUAUAAAGAGUGUUCUCAAAUAAAAAGCUUUUACUAUGUUUUUAGCUUUACAACUGUGCAUAAGUUAUAAUACAGUGCAUAAAUGCAUAAUAUAGAGAAAGACAACUUCUUACACUGUACUGUAGACAUAGCUAUGUUAUUUUUAAUGGCAAAAACUAAGAAGACUAAAUGCACUAUAGUUUUUGUAUUUGAGUAGCAUUUUCCAGAAGGUGUACUUUCUGUGAAUAUAUUUAAAAUUAAAGAAAUGAAACUUUUUACUCCACUUUUGUUGAAGCAGUUAUAAUUCUCAGUGCACACACUGCUAAGGAAAACCUCUUAAACCAAAUGGUAUAGAAAUCUUACUGCAGCAACAA